ACAAAACGGACAAAAUAGUUUUAUUCGCCCAGACAUUGUCAAGACGUUUGUAUGGGAAUUUAAAAUUUCCUAAAACAAAAUAUUUUAUAAAUUUCGAAAAAGACCAACAAAAUUUUUUUGCGAAAAAAAAUUAAUUAAAAGCAACUUGUCAAUGAAAUUGAAAUUUUGAAUCAAGAAUUAUACGUGGUGUAUGCAGACAAGUGAAAAAACAAGAAUUAAGAAAUUUUUGUAUAAUUUAUAAAAAACUAUCAAUAAUAAAAAAAAAAAAAUAAUUAAAACCGUUAUUAUUAAUAUAAGCUAAUGUCUAAACCAGGAUCUAUCAAAAAAAAUUACAGCGAACAUAGUGGUGAACCUGGCUGUGCCACUGCGGGAGAAGUUAACAAAUUCUUUAGACAUUUCUGGGAUCCCACAUCAUAUUGGGAAUGCGAGGAACAAGGCAAACCAGCCACACUUAAACGUUGCGGUGCCUCCGAAUUGUAUUCGGACAAACAUGGAAAAUGUGUUCACUAUAGAGAAUGGGAAUGGACCGAACCUAUAGAACCACCAAGUCGUCCAAAGACACAAUAAUAUAAUAUUUUAGUUAAAUGGUUGUUUAUUUAAUAUACUUAGCAAAAAUAAAUAAAUAAAACUACAUUAUAAGUU